AUGGCUGGGUGUUUUUCUAAAGAGCAGCUAGAAUCUUGGAGCAAGUACUCUAUAUUAUUAGUCCAGUUAGUGGGAAGUACUUGUUCUCUCAUAAUGGAGAUCAAAUAUGGUGUCCUAAAACACAGCUUAACCUUUUGUGUUCGCUCUCAAGUAGUUCCUUCGCCAACGCCAUCGCCUGCUCGUAACGCACCUCCAGUUGGUGGAGGUGGUGGUGGCGGUGGUGGCGGAAAUAGCACUGCUGGAGACAGCAGUGGCUAUGGUUAUGGUUCUGGAGAAGGGUAUGGAAGUGGCGGAGGUAGUGGUGGCGGCGGAGGUGGUGGUGAAAGUAGUAGUAGGAGUGGCGGAGGUAGCAGUUCUGGAUCUGGCUUUGGGUUUGGCGGUGGCUAUGGAACUGGCGAAGGAAGCCCUGGUUUUGGUGCAGGUGGUGGUGGAGGCGGUGGAGGUAGUGUUGGACGUGGAAGUAGUGGCUUUGGAUAUGGAGACGGUUAUGGUAUCGGUGAAGGUGGAAGUAGUGGCCGAAAAAGUGGUGGUGUUUGGGAAAAUAGAAAGAGUUUGUCAGUUCAUCAUUAA